UGUUCCGCGCUGGGCAGCGGGGCUGGCGGGCGGACUGGGCCGGGCCGGAGAAGUUUUCGCUGCGGCUGCUGAGCGAGGGUGCGGGUCCCCGCAGGCAGUGCACGCCCGCUGCCAUGGCUUUCCGUAGGAGGACGAAAAGUUACCCGCUCUUCAGCCAGGAGUUCGUCAUUCACAACCAUGCAGACAUCGGCUUCUGCUUGGUGCUCUGCGUCCUCAUCGGGCUCAUGUUCGAGGUCACAGCCAAGACUGCCUUUCUAUUUAUUUUACCUCAGUAUAACAUUAGUGUGCCUACAGCAGACAGCGAGACAGUCCACUACCACUACGGCCCAAAGGACCUGGUCACCAUCUUGUUCUACGUCUUCAUCACCAUCAUCUUGCAUGCUGUGGUACAAGAGUACAUCUUAGACAAAAUCAGCAAACGGCUUCAUCUCUCCAAGGUCAAACACAGCAAGUUCAAUGAAUCUGGACAGCUGGUCGUCUUUCAUCUCAGCUCGGUGGUAUGGUGUCUGUAUGUGGUGGUAACGGAAGGAUACUUAACGAACCUGAGGAGCCUCUGGGAAGACUACCCGCAUGUGUACCUCUCCUUCCAGGUGAAGUUUUUCUACUUGUGUCAGCUGGCCUACUGGCUGCACUCACUACCUGAGCUUUACUUCCAGAAGGUACGGAAGGAAGAAAUCCCUCGCCAGCUGCAGUACAUUUGCCUGUACCUGCUCCACAUCGCUGGGGCAUACCUCUUAAACCUGAGCCGCCUGGGCCUGAUCUUGCUGCUGCUGCAGUACUCAACAGAGUUCCUUUUCCACAUGGCUCGGCUCUUCUACUUCGCAGAUGAGAACAAUGAGAGGCUGUUUAAUGCCUGGGCUGCUGCAUUUGGGGUCACACGCCUCUUCAUCCUCACUCUCGCUGUGUUGGCCAUUGGCUUUGGAUUGGCUCGGGUGGAAAACCAGGUGUUUGACCCUGAGAAAGGGAACUUUAACACCUUGCCUUGCAGGCUCGGCAUGCUGCUGCUGGUGUGUGUUGCCCAGGCCUGGCUCAUGUGGCGCUUCAUCCACUCCCAGCUGCGGCACUGGCGGGAAUAUUGGAAGGAACAGAGUGCCAAGCGCAGAGUCCCAGCUGCCCCUAGGCUUCCAGCCAGGCCCAUCAAAAGGGAACCUGGUUACCAUGAAAAUGGAGUGGUGAAAGCAGAGAAUGGAACCUCCCCACGGACUAAGAAACUCAAGUCUCCCUAAGGCCAAAGUGCUGAGAACGGGAUCCACUGGGUGAGGGCCCAGCAGGGAGGCAAAAAGUCCUGGUCCCCAGCUCAGCCUCUCCAUCCUCCUAGCCACGCUCCAUCUCCAUCAGCAGAAACCUUGGCAUCAAAGGGGGAGUUGCUUUCUACCUUCUUGGCUUUCUCUUCUUCCAUAAACCAUUUUCAAUAAAACCAAAAAUCUUCCUCUCUUGCUCCCUCAAGCCACCUCAUGGCCUCACCUCUGUCCUGUUUUGGGUCUUCUCAGAGGCCUAGAUUCUCCUAGCCAUCUUUCUCGCUCACGACUGCUUCCUUCUUUCUCUUCCUUCAUGACUGCUUCUUUUUCUCCUCACUUCCUGACUUUAAUGUGCAAUUUCUCUGAUUUUUUUUUUUUUUUUUUUUUUUUU